AGACGGAAUUAAAUGUGGGAUUUGUAACGAUUUCUUCAAAGAGCCAACAACCAUACCGUGUGGACACAACUUCUGUAUGAAAUGUAUUUCAAACCAAUGGGAUAAUGAGCUCUAUCAGUUUUAUAACUGCCCCAAAUGCUCCAAAACUUUUAUGACGAGACCAGAGUUAGUGAUGAAUGAGACUCUUUGUGUCAUUGGGAACAAGCUUCAAAGACUGAAAUUACAAGACGGCGCCCAGUACGGUGUGGUUGCAGAACUUAAAAAGAAGAAUCAAAAGCCACAACCGAUGACACGAGACAAAAUGAAGGCGAAAGAAAAACUGAAGAAGAUGAUGUGUGCCCAACAUGACAGAUUACUGAACUUUUACUGCCGGGAUGACAAGCAAUGCAUCUGUGAACAGUGUACCCUUUCUGAACACAUGGGACACAACACGGUAACAGCUGUAGAAGAGAGAAAAGAGAGAGAGCAAAAGGUUGAAGAAUGUCUUCAGAAGGCACGAUGUGAAAUACACGAGAGAGAGUUAAUCUUGCAAAAGAUAUCGAAAACAUCCGAUCAAAUAAAGGACUCCUCCAAUUGUGCAGUGGACGCCAGCAGAAGUGUGUUCUCUGAGCUCACAGUGACCCUGGAGAAAAUGAAGGAAGAGCUGAACAAGAUCAUCCAAGAGCAAGAGACGGCUUUGCUUAGCCAGGCUCAGCUGGAGGAAAAACAGCAGAAACUGGUCAUAUGGUCACUGCAAGCAAUGGAGACUGAACUGGAGGCACUCUCACACGUAAAGGAUGACAUCCCCUUCAUCAUGAAAUCACAGCUAGUUGUCAGUCAACAGGAAGCAGAUCCAGUUACUAUUCACGUUAACGAAAACCUUUCCUUUGAGUUUGUGACUGUGGCUUUAAAUAAAGUGAAAGACAUGCUGGAGGACGGCUGCAAAGUUGCAAUAGAAAACAUCCAGCAAAGAGUCAGAAACGUGACACUUGUGAAAACAUCUGUGCAGAAUCAGAAGCAUCCUGACCGACAAGUGUGGAGAAAAUUCUCAAAUGUUUCAGGCCCCAGACCACAAAUUGAGGUGCGACAGCCAAACAUACCGAUGAGAAGACAAGAUUUCAUGAGAUAUGCCUGCUCACUGACACUGGAUGUUGAAACUGCGCAUCAGUCUCUGACCAUCUCUGAUGACAACACAAGAGUAUAUGUCAAACGUCAAAGACAGAAAUCUUCUCCAAAGAGAUUUGACUGCUGGGAACAAGUGCUAGGCAAAGAGGCCCUCAGAGGAGGGCGCUUUUACUGGGAGGUUGAGUGGUCAGGAAAGGGUGUGUUCAUUGGGAUGGCACUGGAAGGCAUUGCUAGGAAAGGUGAGGGAGCGGAAUGUGGGAUAGGACGCAACAUCAACUCCUGGUGUUUGCAGUGCUCUAAUGUCAGCUACUCUGCCUGGCACAACGAUGUCACAACCGCUGUUGCAGUUAAUGUCUUUUCACCUAGAAUAGGAAUCUACUUAGACCACAACGCAGGUAGUCUUACAUUCUACAGCAUCUCGGAUAAAAUGACCCUCCUACACAGGUUUAACUUAGAGAAGUUUUCCGGGCCUUUGUAUCCAGCUUUCGGCCUUGGGCUCGGCCUUGGGCUGCAGUCAUGGAUAAAAAUCUACAAAUUAUGAAAACAUAUCGAGAAAUAUGGCAAAGACAGUGGAUAAAACGAAAGACGUAUUACAGUGUAGGAGGUGAUGACUAAGGAUGACUAGGAAAACAAAACAACUUUGUCAACUGUUUUUCCACACUUUUAUGUUUUAUGGUUAUUUACAGGUUAUUUCCUGGUCUAGUGCUAUCUUUCCUUGUAACCAGCAGCAGGGUGAUAAUACACAGCAGGAACAGUGUUAUUACACAAAAGACUGAGAACCGCAAAUUAAAAUUUAUUAAAAGCAAUAUCCAUCCAUCCAUCCAUUUUCUAAGCCAC